UUUGGACAUAACGUGAAGUUGAACCGUUCAAGGUCAUCCGGUCUCUGAUUUCCGCAGUUAUCCAGCUGCUUUUGUCACUUCGGUCGCGAAUGUUCGAGUACAAGUGAAUUUCUGUGGAGAUCGGAUCUUGUUUUUAUUAUUUGGAUCAUCAGACAUGGCUCUGUCACGUCUGGGGUGCUCCAAAGAGCUGCCGGUGAUCCUAACAAGACUCAAUCCUGGAGUGAACGUCCUCCCAGGUAGUGGCAAGAGCAGACCCCUCGAUUUCCGUUACAAAGACCUCCAGGGACCAGCAAAUUUCCAUCUGUCCGGGGCUCGUCAGUACCCCGAAGCCCCGACUCUCCCUCUCCCUGGCAACCUCGCCGAGAUAUUCAACAAUGAGACCGGUCGUUUUGCCCCAGAGAGGGUCAGGGAUAUCACCACUCCCAUGAUGCUUUAUGGUAGUAACAACAGCAAGACCUGGGACAAGUCCUGGAUGUCUACCACGAGCGCCUUUGGCGAUUCCCACGUGGACUCCUACGACUGCUUUGGGACAAUCAGCCUCAAUGGCACCAUGCAGACCAAUGUACCACAUCCCUGCAAGUCUACGGCGAGGGGAACACACAUGAAUAUGCCUGGAGGACAGUGGGUGCAGAGUGGAAAAUACAUCGCUGAGUACAUGCAGAAAAAUCAUUAUGACUUCAUCAAGAAAAAUUUUCGUUCAAUUAAGCCUGGGGAUAAUGGUUUCAUCAUCAAGGUUUGCUACUCAACAAGUGCAGCAGAAUCCUCGAAAAUAUCCGAGAAUGACACUCAUAAAAAUAAAUUAACUAACGCUGACAAACUUAAAAGAGCUGUCAAGGAUUAUGGCAGCACAGUCAUCGUAUUUCACGUAGGCAUUUCACUACUAUCGCUUGGUGCUUUCUACGCUCUUGUUUCUAGCGGUUUAGAUCUUACGUCACUCGUCAAACUAAUUCCCAACUCUAGUGAACGCCUAGAAACUAUAAUGACAGGCUCAUCAACAUUUCUGGUUGCGUACGCGGUCCAUAAGGUCUUCGCCCCUGUCCGAAUAUCGAUAACUCUGGCAUCAACGCCAUUUAUCGUCAGAUAUCUUCGAAGAAUUGGCAUUCUAAAAAUGCGCAAAACGUGAUCAACCUAUUGAUGCCUCAGAUUGGAUGUAUGGAAUGAAAGAAAAAAUAUGUGACAGGAAAGCGAGGAAAUAUCUUGACACUGAAGAGAUAAUUUCGAUAAAACCGUGAUUCGUAUUAUAUUUUUACAACAAAAUAAAGGUUAUGGAUGACAA